AUCUUCUCAGACGGAGUUGACGAGAGAAUUGCCGAAACCACCUCCUGUUAAUUCUCUCUCCCUCUCUCUCUCUCUGCCCCUUCGCCUGCUCGUGGAGGGAGAAAGUCCCUAGAGAGAGAAAUCAAUGGCGUCUCUAAAGAUCCGUUCGUUGCCGGCGAGACGCGUGGCGAUGCCUAUUAGGGCUGGAUCGUAUGCUGACGAGCUCGUCAAGACCGCUAAAACUGUUGCUUCCCCUGGACGUGGAAUUCUUGCAAUUGAUGAAUCCAACGCCACAUGUGGUAAGAGGCUUGCCUCCAUUGGUUUGGACAACACAGAAUCUAAUCGCCAAGCUUACAGACAGCUUUUGUUGACUACUCCUGGCUUGGGUGAAUAUAUUUCUGGUGCCAUUCUCUUUGAGGAAACACUUUAUCAGUCUACAACUGAUGGGAAGAAGUUUGUGGAUUGCUUGCGUGAUCAGAAAGUUGUGCCUGGUAUUAAAGUUGAUAAGGGUUUAGUUCCCCUACCAGGAUCAAACAAUGAAUCUUGGUGCCAAGGAUUAGAUGGAUUGGCUUCAAGGAGUGCUGAGUAUUACAAGCAAGGGGCACGCUUUGCUAAGUGGCGAACAGUGGUUAGCAUUCCUUGUGGCCCUUCUGCCCUUGCUGUUAAGGAGGCUGCCUGGGGGCUUGCAAGAUAUGCUGCCAUUUCUCAGGAUAAUGGUCUUGUACCAAUUGUAGAACCUGAGAUUCUCCUUGAUGGAGACCAUUCGAUUGAUCAGACACUUGAGGUAGCAGAGAAAGUAUGGUCAGAGGUCUUCUACUACUUGGCUGAAAAUAAUGUCAUGUUUGAGGGAAUCCUGUUGAAGCCUAGUAUGGUUACUCCUGGUGCUGAACAUAAAGAGAAGGCAACUCCUGAGACCAUUGCCAAAUAUACCCUCAAGAUGCUCAACAGGAGAGUACCGCCUGCCGUUCCUGGCAUCAUGUUUUUAUCCGGAGGGCAGUCCGAAGUAGAAGCAACCCUAAACUUGAAUGCGAUGAACCAAUCCCCCAACCCAUGGCACGUAUCAUUCUCCUAUGCACGUGCUCUCCAGAACACUGUGCUGAAAACAUGGAAAGGCCUUCCAGAGAACAUUGAGGCAGCACAAAAGGCUCUUCUUGUCCGAGCCAAGGCCAACUCCAUGGCCCAGCUUGGCCGCUACUCUGCUCAGGGCGAGAGUGAAGAGGCCAAGACCGGGAUGUUCCAGAAGGGUUACACUUACUAAGCCAAGGCCAAAACCUAUCGGAAAUAUUAUUACGAAGUUGCUUAAUAGUAGUGGGUUUUUGCAUGUGUUGAUUGUGAUGCGGUAAGAAACUUCUGAUUGUAGUUUUCAAGAUGAGGUACCAUCAAAAUUGUACCGGUUUAGAACAAAAACGGUUCAAAAAUGUUAUCAGGAAGUCGUAGAAGUAGUUGUUUCUGGAGAGUAUAAACUAUUUCAGUAUCUUGAUUGGGGAGCAGUUAACCCUUUUCCU